GUUUUUUAUAAAGGGAAGUGAGUUUCUAUCCUCUACCACUAGAGAGUGUCUCGUAUUCCUCAGUCUUUCUCUCGUUCGAGUCUUUCCUCGAUCGACUCGAUCGUCCAUUCUAUCCAAGAUGGGCAUUUCUCGUGAUCACCAACACAAACGCCGGGCCACUGGUGGCAAACGUAAGCCCAUCCGCAAGAAGAGGAAGUUCGAGUUGGGCCGUCCACCAGCGAACACCAAGCUUGGAGCUCGCCGUAUUCACACUGUUCGCGUUCGUGGUGGGAAUAAGAAGUACCGUGCCCUUCGUUUGGACCAGGGUAACUUCUCUUGGGGCUCUGAAGGUGUUGCCCGUAAGACCCGUAUCAUCGAUGUGGUGUACAAUGCUUCCAACAACGAAUUGGUACGCACCAAGACUUUGGUAAAGAAUGCCAUUGUUGUUGUCGAUGCUACACCCUUCAGACAGUGGUAUGAAGGCCACUAUGCCAUUCCUCUCGGUCGUAAGAAGGGAGCCAAGCUUACUGAAGCUGAAGAAGCGGUAUUGAACAAGAAAAAGUCCAAGAAGUCUGAGAAGAAGUACAAGACACGUCAACGCCUCGCUAAGAUCGAGACUGCUUUAGAUGAACAAUUCUUGACUGGUCGUCUCUUGGCAUCCAUUGCCAGUCGCCCCGGACAGUGUGGAAGAGCUGACGGUUACAUCCUAGAGGGCAGAGAAUUGGAAUUCUACCUCAGGAAAAUGAAGACCAAGAAAGGGAAAUAAAUAAUUCGCCGCUUUUUGUACUUCUGACCUGUGCUCUCCAUCUGCCACAAAUCGUUGACAAAAAUACAAACGGGCUGGCGAUAAACA